UUGUCUUUCAAAUCAAACAUUAGAACCAAACAAACAAACCCAUUCCAACCAUGCCACCCCCCAAGCGCAAGUCCAACCAAGUCAAGCCACCGUCGUCGCCGGUGCCGGCGCCGAUGAGAGUGACUCGUGCGGCGGCGAAGCGCGCGGCGGAAGCAGCGGACGCGGAGGCUCCGGCAGCCGUGAAAGAGAAGAAGGCUAAGAAGCAGAAAAAGGGAAAAGAAAACGCUGCUGUGGUUCAGAGUGAGAACAAGGUUCUAGAUGCUUCCAACAACAAGACUAUCGUUGUUGAACACUGUAAGCAGUGUAACCAGUUCAAGAUGAGGGCCAAUCUGGUGAAAGAGGGUCUAGAGAAGGCAGGUUGUGGAAUCAGUGUGAUACUGAACCCUGAAAAGCCAAGGAGAGGUUGCUUUGAAAUUCGACAAGAAGAGGGGAAGAAGUUCAUCACACUCUUGAACAUGAAGCGCCCGUUUAAACCAAUGAGGGAUCUAGACAUGGACAAGGUCAUCUCGGAUAUCAUUGAUGAGAUGUCAAAGAAUUGACCUCAAUUGUUUCAGAAGUGCUUUGUUGGCUUGACUUGCAAUUAAGCUAGAUAAAUUGUUCUAAUGGUAGAGAUCCUAGAAUGGAAUUCUGUUUACAAUUUGUUAACUAGUUAUGUAUGGUUUCCUGUUUGAGGUGAUGUAAUUUGUAAGGCUAGACAAUCAUUUUGGUUAUGUUUACUGUUGGAUGAGUACCAAUAGGUUUUAUUUUGUAUCUGAAUUAGACCCAAGUUUCAUUGGUGUUUUGAGAAUGAAUUUAAACAGUGUUUUUGGAUAGGUCA